UCGGGAAGGGUGUGGCAGAGCACUACUGGGGUAGCACAGGAAUGGGAGUAGUUGGAUGGGUUGAGGACCAGACCAGGGCACUGGAUGGGAAGAACGGACCAAUCAAGGUGAGGAGGCAUCUGAAGAUGGGGUGUAUGUGGAGGGGACCGAGGCACAGAGGAAGCAGGGAUGAGGGUCCUCUCACAAAUAAUGGGCUGUGGGGGAGGCUCCGAAAGGAAAAGGAGACCAGCUAGGGGUCAGAGAGGAGUGUGCCAGGGUGAGCUGGCUGCCACUGCUUCCCGGGUCCUUUCCUGGUCCCUCUCUAUCCUGCCUGCCUGCCUUCCCACUGUCUCCCUCCUGGUUCCCACCGCCAACACCGUACCCCAGGAUGAAGCCCCCGGGGGGAGCUUUGGGGGGCAGGAGAACAGGGGACUGAGCAGGGCCUGUGGGAGAGCCUUGGGGGUUGUGGGGGUGUCAGGACCUACCUGCCACUCCCACCCGGCUAUGCUUUGGGAUCAGGGCCACUUUCCCGAAGCCCUGGAGGUGAAGCAGAGGGCCACGGGACCACUGGAGGUCAGCCCCGAAGUCUUCACCAGGGAGGAGAAGGAGGAGUGUCUGCUGGACGGAGACCUCGGGCUGGCCUCUUUGAACAUGGAGGCAACUCCCUGGAGCCACCUUCUCACCUUGUACAAGCAGCUUCAGAAACUGGCCAUGGCCAAGGAGGAAGGUGAGGAAGAGGAAAUGGAGGAAGAGGACAGUUCAUUCCAGCUCUGUGUUCCAGGCAUUGUCACCCUCCAGUCGCCAUUACAUAAGACAUUUAGGUCAACAGAUACAGUGGGCUGCAUGGAGUCAGAAUUAGAGAAGCUUCUGGUGGUACAGCAGGAGUCCCGCCUCUGGAAGAUGGGUGGCCACGAGGGCCAGGAGCCACUGGUCCAUCCCGAGAUCUCCCUGGAGGAGGCAGGCAUUGUGGAUGACCAGGGACAUCAAGCUGAUGGGGAAGGAAGCCACCACCCAGCCUUUGGAGAAUGCUGGGGACUGCCUGGGAGAGAGGCACUGAGGCAGCUGAAGCACCACCCUAGGCUGGAGAGAGGGGUGCAGAGCCCCCCCAGUGUGGUGUAUAGCACAGAGCACCUGCUCCUGAGGAGAUGGAUGAGACGGGAAACUGGCCUCCAGAGUGAAGCUGGCGCCGGCCAGAGUCGCCCUGCCCCGGAUCCCUGGAACCUGCGCAGGGACACAAGCCCCUCUUCUCAGGAACAUCCAAGGAGUUCCCAGGACCAGGGGGUCUUGGGAUAAAUGUUGUGUCUAGUGUGUCUGCAGGGUGGGCCUGCCCAGCAGACUGUCCCCACUAAUCCGACUCAGGCCUGUGAUGUUAUUAAUAAAGCCCUGUUUGACUCUGG